CCCUCGUCAUGUUGUGCGGGAGCUGCAGCAUUGAAAUCAAUUCCAAACUGUUUAGAAAAAAUCAAAAUGCAGAGGUGAAGCGAAAGUGUGUAACGAGAUCCUACCCGAGCGAUGUAAAAAUGUGUGUGUGUGUUGAGAAUGUAAAAUGAAGCUUGUGAACAUCUAGCGGAAAAGUGUGGUGUAUCUCAACACCAUUUGUGAAGUGUGAACAGGAAUCGACAGGAUUUGGUACAACUCUGGAAAUCAGGAAAAACAACUCCUACAGAGAAAGGAUACGCAAGACACACACAUACAUAUGAAGUGCAGGAAGAAGCUCGUUGGUAGGAUCUGCUGCUUCCCCUUUACUACACGGCAGCAAGUUGAGUUCCGUUUGCGUGCGAUUGUAAGUUUCUCUCAUCCCUCGCUCGUGUAAAUCAUGACACACUGCUUGCUGGUUUCUUCCCACGCAGCAGCACCACCAGCGCAUCAUACAUCAUUCGCAUCGAUCGGCGGACGGCCAACGGACACUAACGUGUGAGGGUCGCCGUGCGAGCGCUGCUGCUUUCGUUGCACCACUUUCUACUGUUUCGUCGGGCGUGUAAAGUAGGCAGUGCUUGGAGUUGACCGAUAUCCGUUUCUUUUUUUCGGGGAUUUUCUUUUCUGCCAUUACUCCUUCCCUGGAUAGAUCCGUGCCCGGCAGCUCCCAUGCGAGUAAUAGCGGGAUACAAAGAAACAGUACACCCCAACCGUCGUUACAGUGUAGUGCUGUGCUGUGUGUAGUGCUGUAAUAAACGUGCCACUUUCCCGGAAGGAGGAAAUCGCACACACACACACACACAUACUUCCGCUGCCAAUAGGAUGAUGGAUUGCACCCACAGCGGUAACGGUGGUAGUGGCGUAAGCGGCACCAGCACCGGAUGCCACAAGAACGAUCUGAACCUGCUGGUAAAGAAUAUCGUCAAGACACUGCUGACCACCUCGAAGUACCUGCACUGCCCGUUCUGUGCCGACGAGUAUCUGUUCGAGUUUACGCUCAAGCACCAUCUGCUGAAGAACCACGAGCGCGACCUGGAGAAGAUUGUCCGCUCGCCGGACGCCAGCAUCCGGUUCUGCGAGAGCAACAUCUGCCCGUACUGUGGCGCCCUGUUCUACUACAUCUCCGCCCUGCCCAAGCAUAUCAUGAACAGCCACAGCCGCGAAUGUCUGAUGAAGUGGCAAGCGAUCGAGCAGGAGAACAGCCUGGUGCGCAAGCUGGCGAACGAUCCGAGCAUCCAGUGCGUGCCCUGUUCGCCCGGGCUGAGCGACUUUUUCGACGAGCUUACGACGACGACGACGGCGACGGGUGGCGACGCAGGUCGCCCGACCGCCGGUAGCAGAAACAUCAUGCAGCUUACCAAACCGUCGCCCCUGCUCAAGACGGCCCUGCGCAACGUGAACAGGAUUACGGUGGCCGCGAACGGUGGCAACGGUGGCAUCGAUCCAACCGGCACGUCCGCCUGGUCGAGCUUCGGGUUCGACGGUACGCAAACGCGCCGCAGCGGCAACCUCACCAACCAAUCCGUCCGACGCGAGCUAAACUUCGGCGACGAUCGGUCGUCCGUCCGGCGGGAGGACGGUUGCUCGCCCGUCAGUGGCUCGCCGUCGCUCUGCAAUCUGAUCGCGGGCAGCUGCUCCCCCUCGCCGAGCAGCGAGUCGAUCUCGUCCGCCCGCAAGCCCAAGUUCCAGCGCAAGCGCUUCAAUCUGCGCUCCAUCAAGCCGAAGCUUAACUUCCGGAAGUACGUGCUGUCGAAGUUUUCGAAAAAGUACCACUGCAAGAUCGUCACCAGCACGCCGAACAACUUCCUGGACGAUGGGCUGAGCAGUGGCGGCGGCUGCGGCGGCGGCGGCGGCGGCGGCAGCAGCCGCGACACGACCCGCUUCCUGCACAACCAGGAGCGCUGGAACCGGAUUCACUUCGAAUGACGAAGGUAUGGGUCGCCGUUUUCGUGCGUCGUCGAGUAUCUGUGCGGGCUGCUGUUUUGCUGCGUGUAAGGCGAAGCCGUUUGUUUUCCUCUCGUUCGUUUCAACUAAUUCCAUUUUUAUACCGGUGGCCAACCCUGCCAAUGGCCAACACAAACCAACCGUUAAGCGGAUAGCGUGCAACGAGAUGUACCAAAACUUGGCUGUGCAAUCAUUUCUUUCCUAGAGAGAGAGAGAGAGAACCCCUAGAGAGCAAGUUGGUGAACUGGUGGAAAGUUGUGUAGUUUGCUUUGCAGCAACAGGCCGUUUGUUGACUUUCCAACAGUUCCAGAAUGUGCAAGAAAGCGUUUAAAAUAGGCGUUAUAUCACAUUGCCGCCAUACUUCCACCAGAGGAUCUAUUCUUCGGAGAUUGGAAGAUUCUGAUCGAAAACGAAAACGAUCGUCAUCUGUGAUCGGGUACGAUGAGCUGCCAAUGCCAAUCGUAGUCGUAGUAGGCAGUGUGGAUGUGUUCUUUCUCCGUGGAAACAUGCCUUAAAGAAAAACCGAAGGAAGAUGUGAUUGCUACGACGAGUGCUCGGUUUAAACUACACAAUAUUUUAGCUUACGACGUACAGAGGAGAGAAGAAAAACAGUGAUCCUCGCAACUGGAAGAUGAGGAUUCAAAACACGUUACAUGGCUCUUUAACUUUAUUCGAAUAAGAAAAGAUAAACACCAAUAUUAUAACUGGACCAAUAAGAGCGUAAUCGUAAGAACGAGUGUGCGAGAGACGUAUUAAUUCGUUCCCAAUUGCUUUUGGUAGGAGGUUACACGGCUGGCCAACCGAAAGAGAGGCGAUCAUUGUAACGUAAGCGAUAGAAAUUAAGCGAAAAAGGAGAAGGGAGCGUUGUAGUAUUACUACCCCGAAGAAAAAAAUCGAAUAGUAUCGCAUUCUGAUUCACACUCGUUAAUUUAUGAACCUAUUAAGCGGUAGAUGUAGUGUUUCGCCCUGCCGAAGCCGAAGAUAGUGCCCCCCGGGGGCAGUGUGUCCGUCAGGGCGUGUGUAGUUUUAAUAAGUAACGAAUCAAACAAAAAUCGAAUCUCUCGUUCUUGCCUUCGAAAGUCGAAAAGAAUCUUUUUACAAAACGGAACCCUAAAACAACAAGCUGUUUCCCCCCCCCCCCCCCCUCCCUUCUCAUAUUUAACUCUUUAACGCCACGACAACCUAAACAAACGUGAAACGAAAACUCCAAACUAGUAGUAGCGUAAAGGAAACUAAUAAGUAAUGAAUUUUAAAAUCGCUUCCUUCUCGUGCGCUUCCAAGUCGUUCCAAGAGAGAGAAAGGGGAGAAAAUUAAAUAAAUGAAAAUAGGAGCAAAUUAACAUAACUCUCUGGCCGCAACCGCUCAGUGUGUCCACGGUGUGUGCGAGGGCAUUGCGGAGAGAAGCGUUAUAAGAUCGGACAUUUUUCGAUAUCUUCCACACUUAAAGCAAUUAUCUGGAACUAGCCUUACUAUGAAGAAAAAGAUAAAAAAAAAAACAAUUGAAAUCCUAUUACCGAAAUCUCUCUAGGUAUACACACAAUUUAAAAUGAGUAACUUAUAAAUAAAUAAACAAAAGAAAAACGAUCGCCAUACGCGGGUCCGGCGACGUAAACGAAACGCCUAAAGGAGUAGCGAAGUCCGCGCGGUUCGUAGUAAUAAUUAUAUAUUUCGAAUAGAAUCUUGGCCCUAUUUACCAGAAAGCAUCCAGCAGUAGCGGCAUAUGCCUGCUAGUAGAAAGCGUAAAGACAGUUCCAUUUACAUACCGGAUCGAUCGAUCGAGAAAGAAGAAAUAGUAAUUUAUCAUUCCUUACCUUGUACCAGCAUCACAACAAGCGAAUUGCUUGUAGUAGUAAUAAAUAUCUCCCGUUAAAGUAUUUAUGUUG